UUGCUAGAAAUUGUGCUAUCCACACUUCUUAUGACAGCUCAAGAGGCUGCAGAAAUGGCUGUGUGUACGCCCCCUUCAAGUCUGGAGUACGGACAGGUUGUUGUAUGGGGCCCCAACCUUCUCAUCGAGUACAUUUGUGACGAGGGAUUCUUAGCCAACGGCGAAACAUUCGGCGCGUGUAUUACAGAUGAAGGCAGGUGGACAAUUGAGAAACCAAAAUGCGUAGCUACUGGAUGUGAUCCGCCGAAGGUAGCCCGUAACAUGCACGUGCGUCUGGAGAUGGAUGGUGCGGUGGCACACUUCUCGUGUGGGCGUGGUCACUAUUUGAUCGGACAGACACAAGCUUACUGUAACGGUCAGAAUUGGACGAUGCCAUUUCCGGCAUGUGUAGGGUCCUCUGUCAGGACGCGAGCUGAUCCUCAGAACCGAAACCUCCCCGGCAGACACGUGCAUGAUCCACUUGCACUGAACAUUUCCGUUAUUGACUUUGAAUCAAACCUUCGUGUUAGCGACAACACGUGUUUCCGGUACCGCUACAAAGCUCCACCGGAAAUAGAACACGGGACGGCUUCCCCCCGUUACCUGUAUAACCAACGGAGGCGAAGCUACGUCCUCGUCACAAACUACACUUGUGACCCAGGUUACGUCAUCGAAAAUAACCUCACGCGCUACUACUUUUGUAAGAACUAUCAGUGGGUUGCUACUGUUCCACCAAAAUGUAUAAAACCUCUGGAGUCGACAGCGUGCCAGGGAAGUCGGCGUCUGUGUCAUCAGAUAUGUGUACCAGGAAUCAGGAACAGAUUCGCAUGUGAUUGUUAUCGGGGAUUCCUCCUCCACAGUAAUGGGAGGGACUGUUUCGAUCAUAAUGAGUGUCUUUUUGACAAUGGUGGAUGCGAACACACGUGUCAUAACACGUACGGUUCGCGGAUUUGUACUUGCCGUGAGGGGUAUCAGAGAGUGGGGACACGCUGUAAAGAUGUGGACGAAUGUGUUGACGACAGUCUGAACAAGUGUCCAGGGAAUUGUGAAAACACAGAUGGUUCAUACAAGUGUAACUGUAGUAUACCUGGAUUCAUGGACAGCUGGGACGGACGGUCGUGUUACGAUGAUAAUGAGUGUACAUUGAAUUACGGCGGCUGUGAGGAUAUUUGUAUCAACGUAGUCGGUUCCUACUUCUGCAAGUGUACCACUAAUCCGGGGUACCAGCUGUCAAGUGAUGGACACAACUGUACAGAUGUAGAUGAGUGUGCUUUAUACGGCAAGAAGAUCUGUGGUAACGGUCGAUGUGUGAACACCGUAGGCGCCUACAUGUGUGAGUGUGAUGAUGGCUUCCUUCCGAGCAAGGAUCGCACAAAAUGUGAAGACAUAGAUGAAUGUAAAAUUGGAAACGGAGACUGUGAGGACCUGUGUGUAAACACCGUGGGAUCAUUCUACUGUGAGUGUCAGGAAUCCGGAUUUGAGAUCGACAUUGAUGGUCAUAACUGUACAGACGUUGACGAGUGUAUUGACAACGCCCCAAAGUGUGAGAACGACUGUGUGAAUACCAUAGGAUCCUUCUACUGCUGGUGUCAUUGGCACGGAUUCGUGGUCCACGAUAACGAACGGAACUGUACGAAAUGCAGAGACGAUCAGUACAUCAUUGAACAGGAAAAGCUGUGCGUGAACUGUCCCAACAACUCCCACGUCGUGCGGACCUUACCUGGGGCAGCAAACUCCUUGGAGGACUGUCAGUGUCUACCUGGAUACGACGGUAGCCCUGCUGAGAAAAUUCCUUGUCAAGAUGUGGACGAGUGUUUGACGGCUAAUUGUGAAUAUAAGUGUCAAAACGAAGUGGGCAGCUUUACAUGUGUUUGUCCUAUUGGGUACUUUCUGAUGGAGGACGGACGAAACUGUACAGAUGUUGACGAGUGCGGAAAUGACAAUGGUGGCUGUAAUGUCACGUGUGUAAACACACUGGGAUCUUUCCACUGCGCAUGUCCCUCCCCAGGUUUCCUGCUGAGCAACGACAGCAUAUCUUGCGAUGACGUUGACGAGUGUCUGUUGGAUGACAACAACAACUGUAGUCAGUUGUGUUACAACACGGAAGGUGGAGCUGAAUGUCGAUGCUACCCAGGCUACGUCCUCGCUACUGACAACCAUACUUGUGAAGAUAUUGACGAGUGUGCAAACUCGUCCCUUACUUUAUGUGAGGAUAUGUGUAUCAACACAAAUGGAUCAUUUUACUGCGACUGUGGAGGGCAAGCACUGAAGCUUUCUUGGGACAAGAGAUCGUGCUCAGAUAUUAACGAAUGCAUGGAGGGAGUGAACCACUGUGAAGAUUUGUGCGUGAACACACACGGUUCCUAUCACUGUCACUGUAACACCACGGGGUUCGUUCUGGCGCCAGAUCAGAGGACUUGUGAAGACUUAGACGAGUGUUUAUCCAACACCACUCAUGAAUGUGACCAAAUAUGUGUCAACCGUCAGCAGGGGUACGACUGUCUCUGUAACCAGGGUUACGUAAAGGAAGGUCUGUAUGGAUGUCGGGGAUGUGAUAUUGGUCAGUACCACGAUAAUGAGACUGACCAAUGUGUGGAUUGUCCGGAGAUGUCCACCACCAAUGGCACGGGCAAAGCAGACCGCGCCGACUGUAUCUGUAUAGAAGGUUAUACUGAAGAUUCAACGGGCAGUGGCUUUUGCAGAGAUAUUAACGAAUGUGACGAAGAUGAGGAAGACAACUUUGGCUGUAACCAGAUCUGUGUAAAUACAAAAGGAUCGGCCUACUGCGCAUGUCAUAAAGGCUUUAAUCUGCACAAAGACAGGAAGAAUUGUACAGAUAUUGACGAAUGCCUGUACAGCAAUCACUACUGUGCCGAGAUAUGCAUCAACCUCGAAGGAUCUUAUAAAUGUGCCUGUAGAGAUGGAUUUAAACUUCACUGGGACAACAAGUACUGUACAGACAUUAAUGAAUGCUAUACGGGAGCCCACCAGUGUGAAGACCAGUGUGAGAACACGUGGGGAUCCUACAUCUGUGGAUGUACUCAGCCAGGAACACGACUCACAGCCGACCGUCAUACAUGUAUUGCGCUCGUACCCACAUGUCCAGAUGAAAUACGCGUUGAGGUCCCAGAUGGUGUCCCUCUGGUACAGGUGGCACUCCCGGAAAUGGUGUACAGUGGACAGUGGCGCAUUGAGCCAUCGUGGGUUGCAGAGUCUUCAGGUGUACUCUUCCCAGUAGGCAACAGUAGCAUCCGGGUAAUCAGCUACAACACGGAGUCGGGAGAGGUUAGCUGCACCUUCUACGUUGUUGUAACAGUGUCGUGUGCAAGGGGGACCUUCCGUUCAUCGGAUGACGUGUACGCUGGGUGCAUGCAGUGUUCCCCAGGAAGUUUCCAGAACGAACAAAAUCAGAGAGGCUGUAAGCAUUGCCUACCAGGUACCUAUCAGGACCAAUUUGGACAACUUCAGUGUAAGUACUGCAGGGUCGGUACGUACCAAGACCGUCUCAAACAAACCCUGUGUGUCCCGUGUCCGCCAGGCACGUACAUGGACGAGAGUGGAGGCGUGGCUUGCAAGCCAUGUCGCACCGGACAGUACAAUCACCUAACCUCCCAGACGUCGUGCAAGUACUGUCCAGUGGGGACCUACCAAGACCAGGUAGGACAAACAGAAUGUCAAGAGUGCGAUAUAGGCUACUACCAGCUGCAGAUGGGAAAGGACAUGUGCAAACUCUGUCCAGAAGAUCUUGUUCCAUAUAUGGCUAAUGUCGUCAUGGUGAAACAGUGUCAGAGAUCGAAUGAUACCAUGGUAACAGAGUUGGAGCCGAGACGGUGACGAUACUUUUCAUGUAAUACAAUGUACAUCAUGUCAGUUUACUGCAUUUUUGUGCUGUGUGAUGACGUCAUAACAAUUUUAUCAAGAGACACGAGUGAAGUUUUACAUAACAUUUUACAUAAAUGUUAUUUGACUUUUACCCGACAUAACAAAAUCGAGAGAGUAAGUCCGGUAGUUUGGUAUCAAUAUUGACAUUACUUCCGGUAUUAUUGCUGUUAAUGAUGACAUUACUUCCAGUAUUAUUGCUGUUAAUGAUGAAGUUACUUCCGGUAUUAUUGCUGUUAAUGAUGAAAUUACUUCCGGUAUUGAACCUGUAUCGGGCAAAGGCACAUGCCAAGGAUUCUUAGUAUUUUUAUUCCUCAGUCGUAUCGUAAUAUUGUCAUUUAUCAUUACUUAGUAUAUAUGAGAAUUUUAAGUCAGUGUAGACGCCGGAGAUACCUUACUCAUCUCUCUACUGACUAUAUCCACUUGUUUUAUAUUUGUAAUAGUUGUCACAUGUUUACCCACUUCCUAUUUACCACUGCUGUUGACUUUGUGAUAUGAUAUAUCGUAUUGUUUGUUUGUAAAUACACAUUGAACAAUCCA